CCAUAGUAGUGUAAAUUCGCUGUAUGGUUGUAGUGAAGUCUGUCUCUUCACCGCUGGAUGGCACAUGUAUACUCCUCCUCCUCACUUCAUUGCGCAGUUUGGAUCAUGUUUAUCAAGUGCUACUCUUUUCCCACGCAUCAAUUUUCGGAAUUUUGCGCGUUUCGGGGGAAAACGGAAUAACACUUUGUACAAGGAAGAGUUCAAGUCACCGUGCUCUGUGUGAGAGGCUUCUCCAAAGGACAUGAGGGUUAGAUCCCUCCAGAAGCUGGACAUCUAUGCUUCCUCCCCCCUCUCAUCCCACGGUAGAGGGACUCAUUCCUGCUUCUGAUCCUAAAACCUUCCCCCUCCCCAAGUCUUUCCCUAAUUCAUGAACCAGCAGGAUGCAUCAUCUGUGCGAGCUCUCUCUGAGCGUCUCCUCAUAGCCUCGCACAAGGGCCAAGCUGAUCAUGUGGUUCAGCUCAUCAACAAAGGGGCCAAGGUAGCCAUUACCAAGAACGGCAGAACACCUCUGCAUUUGGCUGCCUAUAAGGGCCACAUUGCUGUUGUGAGGAUUCUGCUUGCUGCUGGUUGUGACCUGGAUAUUCAAGAUGAUGGUGACCAGACAGCCUUACACAGAGCAGCUGUGGUGGGAAACACUGAUGUCAUCUCAGCUCUCAUUCAGGAAGGAUGUGCAUUAGACAGACAAGACAAGGAUGGGAACACUGCUUUACAUGAGGCUGCGUGGCACGGCUUCAGUCAGUCUGUCAAACUGCUGGUGAAAGCUGGAGCCAACGUUCAUGCUAAAAACAAGGCAGGAAACACAGCUCUUCAUCUGGCGUGUCAGAACGGUCAUGCUCAGAGCUCUAAAGUUCUGCUGCUGGGCGGCUCUCGGCCUGACAGUAAGAAUAACGUAGGUGACACGUGUUUGCAUGUGUCUGCCCGAUAUAACCAUGUGAGCGUGAUCCGAGCGCUCCUCGGUGCCAUCUGCUCAGUGACUGAAAGAAAUCACGCAGGAGACACAGCUUUACAUAUUGCAGCUGCUCUGAAUCACAGGAAGACAGUACGCAUGUUACUGGAGGCUGGGGCGGACAGCCGCAUCAAAAACAAUACAGGAGAGACAGCCCUCGAUCAGGCUCGUGAAAAUGAUAAUCCUGAAGUGGCACUGCUGCUCACCAAAGCCCCACAGAGCUUCACUCGAGGACGCACUGUGAGGAAGAGGAGGGACAAGAUGAAGACUGAGGGACGAGCACAGUCAGUCCCUCGUGAUGAGAUGCUGCCGAGAAAGGACAGUGUAUCUCCAGCCAAUGAUACUCACGGCAGUGACAGUUCUCUCCGCCAGAAUGACAAUGUGUUUGUCACAGAGGCAUGUGCAAACAAAAACAUCAACAAGAAAGUCAAAGAGAGGCUGUCACCAUCCGAUGCCCUCAUUCGAAGACAAAAUAAACACAGCGAUCAUAAGAAGAAGAGUAAAACAGAGAGAUCAUGUCCAUCAGCUCCUCCCCCUCCUCCUCAUAACUACAAGGCGUACCAGCUCUAUACUCUCUACAGAGACAAAGAUGGCAAGAUCAUGCAGGCCCCAUUGAAUGGCUGCAGGUGUGAGCCUCUCAUUAAUAAACUGGAGAAUCAACUCAUGGCAACUAAAGAGGAAAUGCAGUCAGAGAUUCACACUGUACAAGAGCUUAUGAACAGCAAGAUGGGGCAACUGGACCGCAAGAACAAACAUCAGAUCAAAGCUCUAGAUAAGAUCACUCUAGAGAGAGUGUCUGCUGAGAGGAUUGAAUGUUUACAUCGAAUUGAUAAGAGAGCCAUACAGGAACGCUUGGAAGGAGAAAAAAGACAGACUUCAGUGGUCAGCGAUCUCAAGAACUGGUGCCUUUCGAAGAUCCAAAGUUUGGAGACGCGUCUCUCUGGCGAUCGCUGCAACACCAAGUUACGACGCUCCUCGUCCCUCACCGACACACUUUCAGAUUGGGAUCCCCAUUCCCACACUGCUGUACCGGACACAUCUGGAGGCAGAGCACGUUACUCUCCAUCAACAAACCAACCCGAGGUAAAAGAUGGAAGAGAGACUGCAGCAGCGACCAUGUGUCCUGAAGAUGGAUCUGCCGGUUACUAUGUGAUCGAGGUGGACGUCUCACCGGAUAAGCAGUCGUCACAGAAUCAAUCUGCGCCUCAGUCUCCUUGUAUAGUCCGGCCUAAACAACGAUCACGGGCCUGUAGUGACCCCCAUAAAGUGCAAGAUGAGCCUCAGGAUUCGAGUCUGGAGCUGAGACGUGUCCUCGAUCAGUGCUGCGAGCAGGAAUGUGUGCUCGAUCACAGGAACCUCAAAAGACGCACCCAACAAAGAGCAAAGACCAAACAAAACGCACAAACCUUGACAAGUUUAGGAGACCACCGCACCACUGAGGCUUCCUUCGCCCAGGAGCGGGAGAACAUGCAUGCGCUGGAGGUUACGCAGUACUUUUUUGAUGCCGUGACUCUGCAGAUGGAGCGCUGGUAUGAACGGAAGAUUGAGGAAGCACGCCGGCAAGCCAACCAGAGAGCCCAAGCCUGACAGAACCGCCCUGCUGGACAGAAUAAGCUACCUUGAAAAUGAACUCAGACUGCUGAGAACUAACAAACAGGAGGAGAGCUAGUAUAUAAGAUACCACUGGUGUAGCAGACACUGUAACUCACGAGGUUCCAGAUGGAUUAGUGAAGUUCGAUAGAGCAGCUAACAUAUGUAGAUAACACUGCAGUAACAAACGUCAGGAGUAGUAGCAUCUAAACAGAGUUUGAGCUGAAACAUACUCUACGCAAGUGCUUGAAUGCAAACACUUCUCGAUUUCGCUGCUUGUGUUCUGAAAUUUGCCAGAACACAAUUCAUAAUGAAGGGAAAGUAGCAGCGCCAUACAGUGCAACAGUUGAAUUCUGGAAGUAAAAUACCCAUUCAUUUUCUCCCUAGGGGAAUUGAUUUUUUUUUUAUGACAACAUAGUAACCUUUAAAGACAUACCUACUGUGAGAUAAGAGGUUGUUAACUGUUAUAUGCUUUUGUUGAAGCCAUCUGUUCGCCUUAUUUCAACUUAUUUUUAAAAUACUUGUUUAACAGCUGAAUUUCUGGUGAAAAACUACAUUCCCCAUGAUGCUGUCCAUAAAAUUCCACCAAUCAGAGAGCUGCAGAGAGCAAAUCGUGCCACAAGUGUUUGUAGGAAACGCCCACUACCAUAAUGCACCAAAAAUGACUAUGCUGUCAAAAUUAUUUAAAAUCACUCUGAAAUCUAAAUUGACCAUUCUUAUUUUUUUUUAUAGACUGAUGCUGUUUAUUAUAAAUGAUUUAUCCAUGCACAUCAUUAGUUUUUUCAAAUUCAUAUGCCUUCUUCGAUCAAAAACGUUCACCUCCUCCUCGAAACGAUGUUUGUUUCGGCGGAGGGUCGGACUAAAUAUCCUUCGACAACCGACUGCAAGCUGACUUUCAGAUAUGCCUCCAUAUUUAGUUAGCAAUGCCCAACUUCCUACAAUCCAGUCAAUUCCCAAAAGGCGAAAUCAAGUCCCGCCCUACAUUUUUCUCAUUCCAGAAGCCAUAUCACUCGGAUAUACGUCACAAUAGGGAAGAAAAGACUAGCGCAACUUCCGUUUCUUGCCGACAUUCAAUAUUUGUGUAUACACACAUAAAUGCAUAUUUUGCAAUAAACAUUCUAUAGAUAUAUUCAAUAACUUUAAAUUUGAUUGUAGUUCUUUCCCUCAUCAAAGCUGUUAAGUACAGCCUUGUCUUUUUGUCCGAUUUUCAAAUAAUUUUUUGCUUCAAAUCAAAGUUUAUACUGUUGUGAUUCACCUUGUAGUUGGUUGGCUUGGUUCAUGGCUUAUAAUUCUUUAAUGAAGACUUUU